CUCAAAGGGCCCGCUGCAGAUCUCAGUCCAUUCGCGUCGGGAUUUGGUCGGCAAGACAGUUCUGUGCAUGAUGCUGCUCCCUGUGCACGGCCCAUCUCUGCUGCUACUCAUCCUUUCAGCCGUCUGCACCAGCGUCGCCUCAUCUCUCAUCUCGAGGAGCCAUGCUGCCCCGCGGCGGCCCGCCUUCAUCGCAUCUCCACCCUUCAUGCCAUCGACACGACGUGGCGCAUUCAGACACACACCACGAUCACCAUCAGCGCUAGAGGCGACGCGCACGGCCACGCCCCCCACCGACUUAGAGCUCAAGAAGAGCCAGCUGAAGGAGGUCAUUGCCCGCGAGUACGCGUCGAUGUUUGACCCGAUGGAGAGGCAGUUCUACACACCACAGGUGGAGUUCAUCGACCCGCUCAACAGCUUCAAGGGCGUCGACAAGUACCAGGGCAACGUCGACUUGCUCGGCGGGCGGAGUUUGUUGGGCAGGGUGGUGUUUCGUGACGCCUACAUCCACCUGUACACCUUCACAGACCUGGACGAGUACCGCUUUGAGACGAGGUGGACGCUGGGGCUCACCAUGAAGGUCCUGCCGUGGCAGCCAGAGGCCGUCUUCACAGGUAGGUCAGUCCAUCCAGAACAGGAGGGAGCAGAAGACAGGACAGCUGACGCAGCGUCGUUCUCAUGUGCUUCCUUGGCGCCUUUCAGGCAUAUCUCGGUAUACCAUCGACGACGAGGCCCGUGUGGUGCAGCAGAAAGACUUCUGGGACAGCGUCAACCUCGAGAGUGGCGUCUAUGAGGAAAAGCCCCGCACUCUCGGCAUCGCUGACCUCAUCAUGCAGCUGCGGCCACAGCCAGACCCCCUCAAGGCAUCUGCACGGGAAGCGCCCAGCGAGCUGCUGCGGCGUGCCAAGACCUACCAGGUGCGUAAGUACGGGGCCCUCAAGGGGCUGUCAACCACGGCACUGACGGGCGCCGAGGGCAACCUCACCCCCGAGCGCGUCAUCCACGCGGAGGAGAAGAUCGAGGGCUAUGCCGCCGCCGCCAAUGCCGCCAGGGGCAGGGCGGAAUUUGUCCCCUGCCUGCCCUACAUCGUCAAGUACGAGCUGGACGGCGGCGACGCGCUGCUGGGAAGGGCGUCGCUGGCGACGGCAGGCACCAAGUGUGAGAUCUUCGGUCCCAUCCGUGGGCCGGGCCCCGACUGGAUGCCCAUCCUCCCCAAACCCACCGACCCCACCCUGGGGCUGUCGUCCAGCGGCUCGUCCAUCCUGGCCUCUGCUGUGGUGAAUGACCCAGGCAACUGCCGCGACAUCGAGACGAGCAUGCAGAAGCUGGUGGGUGACCUGCAGAAGGACGGGCUGCUGCCGAGGGACGAGGGGGAGCUGUGUGAGUGCGUGCCUCGAGUGUUUGUGACGCGGGGGAUGAAGCUGAGUCGGCUGAGGCACGAUGAGGUGUGGAUACCCCUCCCACCUGGCACACACCCCUGGCAGGCACUGGAAGAGUGAGUGAAGAAACAGACAGGGGCCGCGUAGGGGAGGCUGGGGGCGGUGAGUGCCGUGCCUGUUCGAGAGAGUGGUCGGGCGAAUGCAGCACAGGCAGCUCAGGAAGGAAUGACUAGUAGGGUGACCAGUUUAUGGUGUACGUGUUGUGUGAGUGUGUGCGUGAGUGUGGACGCGAUGUGAUGCGUGGAUUGGAUGCAUUGAUUGCAAUGCAAUGCAAGUGCGUCCGUCCGGGCCGUGCGGAGGAGGAGGGAGAUUUUGUCUCAUCGAGUGUACAGAAAGAAAGCCUGAGGGAGCGAGGGAGGGAUCUGUCCAACUGACCGAGGCAAUCAGAUCAGAUUCCUCCGCCCGUCUGCCUGCCUGUCUGUCUGUCUGCUUGCAUGUGUGUGGAUUUCUCGUUUGUGUGCGUGCUGUGAGUAGAGAGGGCGUCAUACAAUACAUGCGUGUGUGUGUGUGUUGACCUGCCCCAUGGACUGGAGGUGUCUGAAUGUGUCAGUCAGAAUAUAUAAGCCAACUGGCUGUUUACACAGAGAGAGACAGAGG